CAUGCGUAAGAACUUUUUAUCAAGAAUGAUAGUUGCUCCAUGGAAACCAACUGAUCGAGUGGCAUGCCCUCGAGAUAUACAAUUCAUUCUGCUACAUAUUCAUCGAAUGUUAUAUUUUGCUAUUUCUAGGGAACAACACUCAUCUGUAAUACCUGCCAUUGUUCGUUGUGUAUCCAUUAUGUUUAAAGUAUUUCCAUAUCAUUUAUUGGGAACUAUUACUCAUCGAGAAUUGCAAAACAUUCACAAGGAGAUAUUUGUUCUUUUGAAUAGACUCGUUACUACUCUUUUGGAGAUUCUAAAGAGAGAAAGGACGGAUGAUACUACUUAUUCUGCCAUUGUAUCUUGUUUAGGGUUUAUAUUGUCCAUUCCAUUUCCGUAUCCUUUGUACGAUAAGAAGAAGAAUAAUAUGGAAAUGGAACUUGGCAAUCUUUUGACUUUGAUUACGGGCGAUGACGGAGUACUCUCAACUCUUGUUGAUAUGAGAAACAAAAAUGGCUUUUCUGGAAGCCUUUUGGCAGAUACUUAUAGUGCUCUUUGUCAAGUAUCUAGUUGCUACUUUUCAACCAUUUUUGAGUUGUUGAGACAACGACCUGAGUGGAAGCAAGAAAUGAUAGAAUGUUUGUCAUAUCCUUUGAAAAAUGAAGCACUGCAAUUUUUGAUGAUCAAAUUUAUUCAUUCUCUUAUGAAAGCCUUGUUUCAAGAUUAUGAUAAUCAGGAGACUUUUUUGAAGCAUGAUACUGGAGUUAGUUGGGAGCAGCUGACUGACUUUUGGUGUUGCAUUGCCAAACAAUUGUUUAUUACAGAUAUGUCUCAUCUCAAUCCGAAUGCUACUAGUCUUCUUCUUUCGUUUUUGGCAAUGAUACCACAAGACAUUGGAAAGCAGCCAUCUUUCAGUUUAUCGUUGCUACAACAAAUGUUCAGUUUUAUAGAUAAAUAUCGAGUACAAGUGAACAAUGCAACUGUUGUUGGUGCAGCUAUUUUAGCUUUUAUUCGCGCCACGCAGGUCGCUGUGCAAUACAGUUAUAUACCUACAGAAUUAAUGCAUAUGGUGGAAAUGGUCAUUGACUCCCUAUUCAAACAAAAUGUAGAAUGUACGUUCUUUUCCAAGGCGACAGAGGCACUCGUAGAACUAUUCAGAUUGGUGCAGAAUGAUCAGCAUAGUUAUCUAUUGGAAGCUGUUCGAACGUAUUUAUUCCGACGUGGAGAAGAAUUAGUUUGUCACAUUCUCGAGAUGUUCCAUUCAAAAUUGAUGUUCCGCAUAUCUAUUGUUCGGUUACUUGGAAGUGUGAUAACCUUUCAUGAUGGGAAUGGUCAUUGCUUCUUAGUGGAAUAUCCUGAUAUGACAGACAGAGUUGUUGAGUUGUUAUGCCAUAUUCUUGAUUGCCAAACACUACCAAUUUCUCGUUCUCUCAAUGAGACCAAGUUGUUAUGGAAUGCCUGUUAUAUGUUAUCUUGGAUAGCAUUGCAUUGUCCUCAUGAUACGAAAGAAUGUCAUCGACGGAGUGAGACUAUUUUUCGAUAUUCAUUUCAUCGACUAGAAGAAGAAGAUGUUCACAAUGGAAGUACUAAAGUUUUAUUGGCUUGUGUUCGAGUAUUGUGUUGUUUGAGUAACGAAUAUCAUAUUCAGGUCGACUCGAGACACAGACAAUUUGUGGAACACUUGCUCUACAAGUUGAAUAGUGGUUUAGAAGAGCAAUGGGAAAGAAAGUGGAGUUUGCUUUUGGACCAGCUACGACAACUGGAAAGGCUAUGGAAAGAAAAAUAGUUUUUGCGAUAGGAGGAAAAGAUGCC